ACUUUGCGUUGUUUAACACUACAUUACGCCAUUUUAUCCUGUCUUUAAGCUCACUAAAUAUGGCUGACGAAAUAGCGAAAGCCCAAGUGGCUGAACCGACAGAAGACACUAUAUUUGGAAAAAUAGCUAGAGGCGACAUACCUUGUAAAUUUAUUUACGAAGAUGACAAGUGUGUUGCCUUCAAUGAUAUGAGCCCUCAGGCUCCCACACAUUUUCUUGUCAUCCCGAGAAAACCUAUACAGAUGUUAGAGAAGGCCGAUGAUGCAGAAGAGCAG